UUGCUCUCUUUUCAGGUUGUCGAAGAUGGUUAUGAGUUCUUUGGUCGACGUGGUUUAGUCACAGUGUUCUCAGCGCCUAAUUAUUGUGGUGAAUUCGAUAACGCUGGAGCGGUGAUGAAUGUCGAUGAGAAUUUACUAUGCUCAUUCCAGGUAAGAGUUAUCUGCUUGGAUUUAAUGUAG